UUCGAUCUUGCUGCACGUGUAUACAUUUCGCUUACCCAAAAUGGGUCGUCGUCCGGCAAGAUGCUAUCGCUAUUGCAAAAACAAACCGUAUCCUAAAUCGCGUUUCUGUCGCGGUGUGCCAGACGCGAAGAUCCGCAUCUUUGAUCUGGGCCGAAAGAAGGCUGUGGUGGAAGACUUCCCGCUCUGCGUGCAUCUCGUAUCGGAUGAGUACGAACAGCUCAGCUCGGAAGCACUCGAAGCUGGUCGCAUUUGCUGCAACAAGUACCUGGUGAAGUACUGCGGCAAAGAUCAAUUCCAUAUUCGCAUGCGGCUGCAUCCGUUCCACGUUAUUCGCAUCAACAAAAUGUUGUCCUGUGCCGGAGCCGAUAGACUCCAGACGGGAAUGCGUGGCGCGUUCGGCAAACCGCAAGGAACUGUAGCCCGUGUCCACAUAGGGCAACCUAUCAUGUCGGUGCGCUCCAGCGAUCGCUUCAAGGCGCAGGUUAUCGAGGCACUGCGUCGUGCGAAGUUCAAGUUCCCGGGCCGUCAGAAGAUCUUCGUCUCUAAGAAGUGGGGAUUCACCAAGUACGAUCGGGAUGAAUACCAGAAGCACAACGACGAAGGUCGAUUGGUUGCCGACGGCUGCGGUGUUCAGUUCCGUAACGACCAUGGCCCGCUGACGAAGUGGGAGCAGCAUCAACGUUCGCGUUUGUCAGCCUAAAGGUUGAACUUUAAAGUUGCUUUUUGAUGAAAUAAAAGAAACGCAAAUUGAUC